AUGACUCUUGGCCUAUCUGAACACGACAAACCAGGAGGGAAAGUGAAGCUCGCGGAUCAACUGGAAGAAAUCAUCCGCACGACCGCCUGCAUCUUGCAUCGAUUUCUAUUCAACCACUCGUUUUCGUCAUUUGUCAACCCAGGUUUCUUCUACCUCGCCAACAUCGACCUGGCGCGAUUCCAAAUCAACCCGCAAUACUCCAUCGUCAAGAAAUUCCUCGCCCUCGAGCCUCAAGAAAAGCCCCGCUACCGCGCACCCCUUGAACAAGGCAGCUACAACGGCUACCGGCCCCUCGGCUCGGUCGAGAUCCUCCCCGGCCUGCGCGACAACCUCGCGUUUUAUUUGACACUUUCAAAUUCAUCCCGCAGACGCAGCGGGCCCAGUCCCAUAUCAUACGCGGCCACUUGCGUGUCAGAGGGCGGAGUGGCUGUGAAUAUGGGGGAUAUCCCCCAGUAG